AUGUCUUAAAACGACAGUUGGAAUGAAAGAAUAUCUCAGUAUUUCAUAAAUUGAAUUGAAAUUUGUUUGCAUGUUAUUAUGUUUAUAUUUAGAUCAAUUGUGAACAUAAAUUAGUUUUGUUAAUUACCAAAGUGUUCAAUAUCUUAAUUUUGGGAGGGUCGCACAGACUAAUCAUUGACAAUACUUUCCGCUGGCUUUAUUUUUCGUUAAAAGGACGUCUCGUUUAAGAGAGAAUCCCUUUAAGGCUGAAAGUGUCAUCCGAGUUUUGCCUGAGCGAACGACACAGACUAAUCUGGGAAAAACUUUAUGCAAAUGAAUCAAACCCAGUUUUCUUCAGAACGAGGCUAAAAUCAGUAAUUUUGUGCGUAUCAAAACAAACGUUUGUGAAAUAUGCAGGUGUGCGCGGCAUGAUGCUCGCGGUGAUGAUGUCAGCGCUGAUGUCAUCGUUGACGUCAAUAUUCAACAGCAGCAGCACCAUAUUCGCCAUGGACAUCUGGACUCACAUCCGGAAGAAGGCGUCCGAACUGGAACUUAUGAUUGUGGGAAGGAUGUUCGUGAUUGUCUACGUGGACAUUAAUGACCAGAUAGUAUCAAGAUCGUACUGCGAUGACAUUGAUGGCUGUAUUUGGUCAACACCAUACCACGUGGAUAUUAAUGGCUAG